CACCGCCGCGCGUAGAAGCAGAAGUCAUUGCCUUUUAACUGCACCCCUCCCCGUACCCUCGCCCAACAUGUCAGCAAAGCCCGUUUCUUUCGACUCACACCCGCCUCACGGCCACCCUGAGAACCAGGGCCCCAGCACUCAGAACGUCGACCGCGCAUCCACUGCCUCGCACCCUCCCUCGACCAAGCCCGACCCCACCACGACGGACUCCCACCCCAAGCUGAACCCUCAUGGCGCCAAAGGAAGCCAGCCCUCCUCCUCUUCCUCCGGUCCCGCCGAACUCUCCGAUCUUAAAGUAAGACUGAGAAAUGCUUUGCGACAAUACCCCGACUUCCCCAGCAAGGGCAUCCUUUUCGAGGAUAUCAUGCCCAUCUUCUCCUCGCCUCAGCUCCACUCCGACCUCAUCAAAGCUCUCGAGCUUGAGGUCCGCGCAAAGUUCGACAAGGUCCCCGACGUCAUUGUCGGUCUUGAGUCUCGUGGUUUCCUGUUCGGUCCCUCGCUCGCUCUGCGUCUGAACGCUGGCUUCGUUCCUGUCAGAAAGCAGGGCAAGCUUCCCGGCAAGCUCGAGACUGAGGGCUACGAGAAGGAGUACGGUACCGAUUUCUUCCAGAUCCAGAGCGACGCCAUCAAGAAGGGCCAGACCGUUCUUGUCGUCGACGACAUCAUGGCCACUGGUGGCUCUGCAAUCGCUGGUGGAAACCUCGUCAAGAAGAUCGGUGGUGACAUCAUCGGCUACCUCUUCUUGAUGGAGCUCGAGUUCUUGCACGGAAGAGACAAGCUUGACGCACCCGUCGUCACUCUGCUCAGCGGCCAGGAUGCCGAGAGUCGCGAGAAGGAGUUGCCUCUUGGCCAGACCAAGGAGUCUGCUGAGGAUGUCAAGAGCGUACAAGACGCCGGUGGUGCUGCCGCUAGCAAGCAGCCCUAGAAAGAUUUGGACACGUCCAUCAACAUAUCUGUCAUUUGAUUCUGGAAGUGUAGGUAGGUAGAUUGCCUCAGCCUGGUCAGUCGCGCAUGGAGAGUUUCUCGAUACCCAAAAGCAUUAUAUAUAUGGAGCCGUACAGUAACGUCUUAUGCAU